UUGUAGUUUUUUUUAUAAAUAUUAUCUAUGAGUUCUAGCUUUGACCAUUCUUCUAGUGAAAGUGAGCAAUCAAGCUCUAGUAGUUCUAGUUCAGAUGAGACUCAGACCACACUCAAGAUGAAAGUCAUACCCGAUCCACCGGCAUCAUGGCAUCCACCAGGCAGUCUUCCUACCACAUCACGUAGCGGUAGUACAUCACAUGGCUCUGUUUCAGCUGGUCCUAGCUCAAGUCAAGCCACACAAAAGCAGACAAGGGGUCCCACAUAUGUGCAUGGUCAAUGGGGUACUAGUGAAGAUGGCAUUUUAAAAGUUGUGCCAAAUGAGUUGAAUCAAGUAGUUGAAAGACACACAUCCCUUGCUUCACAUUUGGGCGUUUUGGCACGAGGUGGGAGUCUUGCACCACUCACUUUUAUGACUUGGCAUUAUGUUCCAAAACAAAACAAAGAUAACAUAUGGAGGGAGAUAAAGGCUCAUACGGAUGCAGAUGAAUCCAUGAAGAGAACAAUAAUGGCUUCAUUUGGAAAGAAAUGGAGAGAUUGGAAAAGUCGAGUGAAAACAAUGGGAUACAAACCCUUCAAGAAUGAUGCAGAAAGGUUGGCUCAUCGACUAGAUAGAGUACAUGAGGAUCAGUGGCGGGCUUUGGUCUACUAUUGGGGCACUCAGAGUGCAUCGAAAUCAAGCAAGAAGAAUAGAAAAAUCCGGAAGAAGAAGACAUUACAUCAUAGAACAGGCCGAAAGCCUUUCUCAGUAGUUCGACUGGAGGAGACAAAAAAGAACAAUGGGGUUCCUGCUAGUCGGUCACAGGUGUGGAUGGCCGCAUACAUGAAAGAUGGGACGUCAAAUAGUGAUUCAGUUAAUGAGAUUAUGGUAUGUGAUACUACUUUAUCUUUGGACUUUUAA